AUGACAGAGAAUCGAGGACCUCAUAUUGAAUUGUAUUUGGCUGAAGAAGCCAUUGGAUUAGUUAAGAGUCUUGAUUGGAAUGUAAUAUCUGGUCCAAGCAUUGAAUACCCUGAAGAGGAAAAUAUUGAAGAGGAAAUCAUCCUAGAGCUGAAAGAUUAGUAAGGAGAUGAACAUGACUUGCCACAGGAAAUAGAUAAGAAAAAGAUGAAAAAACUCUAUGGCUUCGAACAAUAUUUCGAAGAUGCCGAACUGAAGAAAAGGGAGAUCAAUAAGAAAUCAGAAAUGCAGGUUAGCAGGAAAAAGAACAUGCAAGCUUUUAAUCAUGAAGGGAUCAGAGAUGGCGACUAUGUUUAUGGGCCUGAGGAAAUCCAGGGUGUAUAUUUCAAGAAAGGAGGAUUAAUAUUAGAAUUAGACGAGGACCCAGAGGAGGAACUGUUUGAUGAGUGGAAAAACGAGUAUAUUAGGGAGUCAGUAGCAAGGAGUAGUUUAAUAAAAGUCAGGAAAAUUCAUUCAGGCACUUACUUCACAAAAGGUAAACUAAAUGAGCUAGGACGAUUCAAUGACAUUAUAUUGAAUAGAGACGAUAAGAUUAGAAAGUACUAUUUAAAGAGUGCUUAGAAAGAAAAAUUCAACCCUACUGAUAUUGAUUCUGAGAGUAGCUAAAUGUCUGAGCUUGAAAUAUAAGAGGGGUUUGGCAUGAGAUAAAGAAAGAUAAGAGUCAUAGAUAGAUUUGGAAUAAUCUUGCAAAUUUUUGCAGCUCGGGCAAAGUCAAGGAUAGCUCAGCUUUAAAUUGAAUUAGCUUGGUUAGGAUAUGCUAGAACUAUGCUUGUUAGAGGUGGAGCUCCGACAUUUGGCUAACUCGGAUCAAUAUUUCAAGGAAAUUUGAUGAGGCUAGAUAUCUCUGAGGUAGAGAUCAAAAGUGCGAGGGGUAGAAAAUCUGGAGGCUCAGGAGUAAUGGGCGGUGAAGGUGAAACAUAACUAGAAAUUGAAAGAAGAAAACUGACUGAUAGGGAAACUAAAAUAACCAAAGAAUUAGCUGAUUUAGAUCGAAGAGUGCAGAGUGAAAAAAUCAAGAAAGAGAGAAUUCACCAAACACUGCCAUUGAUUGGAUUGGAUUUACUCUUUCAAACUCUAAACACCACAAACAAAAGAUUUAGAUUCCCUAAUGGCUAGAAUGCACUAAUGCUAGACACAAUUGGAUUUAUAACAAAUCUUCCUCAUGGAUUAGUUGAGAGCUUUAAAGCAACUCUAGAUGAGAUACACUUUGCUGAUAUUCUGGUUCAUGUUAGAGAUAUCUCGCAUCCCUACUCUAACUAUUAGAGAGACACAGUACUUAAGGUUCUUAAAGAAAUAGGCGUAUCAGAUGAUACUUUGAGUUCUAAAUAUGUUGAAGUUUGGAAUAAGAUUGAUUUAAUUUAAGGAGGCGAAGAUAUUAUGGAUAAAAUGAAAGCCGAAUAAGCAAUGGUAGCUCCAUAAUAUCCCGUAAUAAUGAUGAGUUGUCUUGAGGGUUUGAAUAAAGAUCUUUUAAUGAGUGAGCUUCAAGAGAUGUCUUCAAAGUUGAUGGGUAAAAAACUGACUAAGAUUACCUAUAAGUACAGCGAUCAUGACAAGAUAUAGAAAUGGCUCUUCGAAAAUGCCAAUAUAAGCUAGAUUGACGAUUUUGAGUUUGAUGAUGACUCAGGGGACAUAACAAUAAAUAUUCCAAUUGAUGAUGUGGUGUUUUAACAGUAUCUAAAAAGGUUUCACUCAGAUCAAUUUGAACAAGAGAAGAAUUAGAAAAGCACCAUUAAAGGCUUGAAGGGCAGACUCACCCCUCCUCCUGGAUGGUGA